AUGGCAUCAAAUCCAUACAAAGCGCUUGCUUCAUUGGUCUCAGCUGGACUGAGGAAUUCUAAGUCAGAGGUUCAAAUUGAAUCAUUACCCCGACAUUCUAGUAAACCGAACUCUAUUGGUAGGAGGAAGAGAAAAGAUGGCCAACCCUCUGAUGCCGACUACCUUUUGCUCAAAGUAGCCGCUUUCAUCUCGGCCAUUGGCAUCUUGUGCGUGCUUGUGUAUGCGACACUUGCACAGCAAGCCCUCUCCCCCUCUGAGCCUGAGGUCGUCAGGGGUACCUCAUUCCUGGAUCAUGACGAACCUAUCAGCGCCUUCGCCGGUAAAACAUUUCUCAAAAGAAACAUACCUUUUAUAGAUAUCCCCGACUCCCUCAUUCAAGAUGUCUACUACUAUAGGUGGACGUCUAUCCAGCGGAAUCUUCGCUAUAUCAAAGCUGGGACGGGUUAUAUGUGUACCGAAUUUGUCCAACCGGUCGGCUAUGCUAAAGCCUUUGGGUCUAUUGAUGCCGCCGCGGGUCAUCAGAUUGACGAGUCAAGGUGGCUAAGAGAUGCGUUUUACGGUGACGAUUAUAUUCAACUGUAUACGCGCGGGCCGGCUGACGCGCUACAAUACACCCAAUGGAUUCUUGACGCGAUGAGCCGUCGCGCUAUGGUCACGGGAGAUUCUCGUUUCCUCGCCACCCAGCUUGACGAUAUGGUUCGCUUAUGGAACGAAUGGGAUCAGGUUUUCGAUGCAGCAGCCGGGUUAUAUUACUACCAGCCAGUAUGGGAUGCCCAGGAACUAUCCUUACCCGGGUUUGUUGCCGACCCGAACGACACAGACUGGACCCUAAGGAAGGAUGGACCUGACACAUUUAGGCCUAGUCACAAUGCUUAUAUGGUGGCAAAUUCCCGGGCCAUUGCUAGGGCUGCUAAACUUGCCCGUGAUGGGUUCCGUGAAAUCCUAUUUUCCAACUUGGCAGAUGACCUCGAGAUAGCCAUGUAUAAACGAAUGUGGGCUCCAGAGCAACGGUUCUUCAUGGAUAUCAUCCGGCCAAACAACCCCAACUUAACACGAUUGACUGGAAGAGAACAAGUUGGAUUGUUCCCCUAUCGCUUUGGCAUUGGGUUAAAUAAGACGUAUGCUCAGCCGGCCGUCGAUUCUAUGUUUGAUUUGGAAGGCUUCUUGGCACCAUAUGGCCCAACAACGUUGGAGAUACGAGACCCAUGGUUUAUGGCCAUUAGGCCAGACAGUUAUUGUUGCUAUUGGAAUGGAAUGUCUUGGCCGUAUUCGACGAGCCAUACCCUUAAAUCACUUGCUGAGAUAUACCGUUCUGGAGUUACCAAUGUUACGGCGGAACAAUACUUCCAAUACCUCCGAAUGUAUGCGUUGACCCAACAAAAGAACGGCCAACCCUAUGUUGCCGAGUCUCAUUAUCCAUUUUUAAACGCCUGGAGUGCGGAUGGUUGGAACCAUUCGGAGCACUAUGAUCACUCAACUAAUAAUGACGAUGUUAUAACCGGGUUGUUCGGAGUCAUCCCACAGGAAGGUAAUGUACUAAAAAUCUCCCCUAUCGUCCCGAAGAAUUGGACCUACUUCGCGCUCGAGAAUUUACCAUAUCACGGCCACUUGGUGACCCUAUUAUACGAUAAAUACGGUUCAAGAUAUCAUCAGGGUCGGGGCCUAACAGUCUUUAUUGAUGGUAAGAAGGUGCAUAACGGUGUAAAGAAGGAUACUUCGAUUCUCGUCCCUCCCCCGAUAUUACCGACCUAUGCGUUGGUCAAUAUUGCAGCGAAUCCAACGGGACCUGGCCAAUACCCAGUAGCUGAAGCGACAUUUACCAAUUCUGGAGAUUUUCAGUAUAAAGCCAUUGAUGGUGUUCUAUUCUACGACACGAUUCCUGACAAUAGAUGGACAAAUUAUCAGUCCCCUAAUCAGAAUGACACUCUAACUAUCAAGUUUGCUCGCCCGCGGAAUGUGUCUUCGGUUACGCUUGCGUUGUAUUCAGAUAUUACGCGAGGAGGGGGGAUAGAUGUGCCGGCUCGUAUAGAGAUCUACGGAUCCAAGGGGCUAUUAGCCACGUUCAAUGAUUCCUCCAGUUUCUUAUCCAAUGACCGCAACCAGUUCGACUUCAAACAAGUUGAAACUCAGCUCCUAGCUGUCAAUCUGUAUCGCCAAUCCCAUAAACUCUAUGUUGGUGUCUGUGAACUAGAGGUUUGGACACCGCCUACCCUUGGUCCAACUUACUACGCGGUUGAUGCUUAUUUGACGGGACAAGAAACUGGCGUCGUGUUCGAUAAGAUCUCAACUGCUACAGCCAAUGGGGCUGUGGUUGGGGGUUUGAGGGCGGACAGUAAUUUGGCUUUCUCUGGGAUCGUUUCUAUUGGUGGUCAGACGACUCUAACCGUCAGCUAUUCCAAUGCCGGCAACGCGACAGCAGAAUUGAGUAUUGAAGUCAACCAAGUGCCUUCGGGGAGCUUAUAUUUACUGCCGAGUAAGAGGAAGUACAUCACAGCCUCCACUACUGUUACUCUAGCCGAAGGGAAGAACUAUAUUAGCUUGAGAGGGGGCUCGGAAGAUAUGGAGAUUAGAUUGGAGACAUUGAGUGUCCUCCAGGGCCUGCGACAACCUAUAUCUUCAUAG